AUGGGCUCUUCUUUUGCUUUGAUUUUGAUGAUAUUUUCCUGGGCGUUAUCUACAUUUCUGGGAUCUGAUGCUCAGAGUGUGAAAUCAGCUCAUGUUCUUGACCUCAUCAUAAGGGAUCACACAUUCAAGACACUGGAAAAGGACUUGAGGACAGGAACAGCACAAUCAGUGAACUUGCCUUCAAAUCUUUCCGGCAUUGGAGUUGAUGCUGUGAGAUUUAGAUGUGGCAGUUUGAGAAGGUAUGGUGCACACUUAAAGGAGUUCCAUUUAGGUGUUGGUGUAACUGUGCAUCCAUGUAUUGAGAGGGUCAUGUUGAUCAGACAAAACAUGGGGUAUAAUUGGUCUUCUAUAUACUAUGCUAACUAUGAUCUAUCUGGGUAUCAACUUGUGUCUCCAAUUGUGGGACUCUUAGCUUACAAUGCUGAUGAAGAUGCAAACUCUAGCAACCCUUUUCAACUUGGGAUUGUAGCUGGAGAAAAGCCAAUGACAAUUGAUUUCACCAAUGCCACCAAGUUCAAAAAGGAGGAAGAGGGGGUCAAGCCAUUGUGUGCUAGUUUUGAAGGUGAUGGAAGAAUGACACUGGCAAAAUCAGACCCAUCAACACCACUUAUUUGUGUUGCAAAGAGGCAUGGCCAUUUUGGGUUGGUUGUGGAGUCCCCACCAACAGAUCAGUUCAGGAAUAAGCCCAUAAGUCAGUGGAAAGUGGCUGUUGGGAGUACCAUUGGUGCUGCUUUGGGUGCUUUUCUUUUGGGCCUUCUUCUUGUGGCAAUGCUUGUUAGGGUGAAGAAGAGAUCAAGAAUGGUGGAGAUGGAGAGAAGGGCCUAUGAAGAAGAAGCCCUUCAGGUAUCAAUGGUUGGACAUGUGAGGGCUCCUACUGCUUCUGGCACUCGAACCACACCCAUAAUUGAGCAUGAGUAUAUACAUCAUAUUCCCCGUUGA